AUGGAAGCAUCUGGUAAGUCUUGUCCUCUCCGUCCUUCUAAAGUCUGUACAAGAGAAGGGCGCUCUACAUCCUGUGCAUGCCACUGGUGCACAAGACAACCUCCCACAAUCCCAGCUAAUAAAGCAUUCUCUUCUUUUUCACAGGUACCUUGUGUUGUUAGGGAGACACAUAAAUCAAGAUGUAACUGAGCGGCUCAUUUCUGACUCACAGUCAUCAGUUACACCCAAUCAAAUGGGCAGCAAUGCUUGCACAAUUAUUGCUGUUUAUGGUGCUGUUAAUUUUCUUUUGCCCUCUACAAAUUGGUCAUUGCUAUCACCACAGAAUACCACUACAAUUCAUUUCUACAAAUUGGUCAUUGCCAUCACCACAGAAUACCACCACAAUUAAUUUCUACUUUUAAACAACUGAUGCUUGAUGGAAACCAGACUUACAACUUGCUUGGCAACCAACAGGUGACAUAGAGUGCACCUGACAUCAUCAAUCAUCCACAGCUGGGCUUCUCUGGGGUGGUAAAGUGUGGUGAUGAAUAUCAGUUUAAUAGUUUUUCGUCCUUUGCAGAUGAACUACUGCAUCUGGUUGUAAGACCAAACCAGAACAAACUUUCAGCAGUAUUAAUCUUACCCCCAGACAAAACAAUGCUCUUACUCAUAGGUUCAAGUAAUGAGUCUGCUCUCUUUGAAAGCCACUCCCAUCUUGGCAGAGGUGGGAUUAUUGCUGCUCCUGGUCCUGGGAAGCUAAAGGAAAUGACUUUAUAUAUUGAUUUCAUGGCCAGGAGGGACUGGAGCUGCAACCCAACCCCUUUUGAUGUUACUUUUGUUACUCGUUUGUAA